AAAAAAUAGAAUGUAGGUGUGAAUAUAUGUUACCUUUGAUCUUUAGCAUAUAAAAAUGUCAUGUAAUAUUAGGUCAGGCAGGCCUCUCCUUCCAAAAACGUCUCAAGUGUGAUGCCCACGGUUUGUUUUGCUGAAUAACGUCUAUGUCCGCUAGCAUCUUUGCCUCUCCAGUGACUUUGUUCAGUCAAAAACCAUGGGAGCAGGUGGUGGUCAUAUUGUUGUGACUGUGAACAAAAGCCUCUGGAGAGGCACUGACGCUAGUGGAUUACAGAAGCAUUUAUUCAGCAAAGGCGAGGGGGUUAAUCAGGUGCUACACCUUUCCCAAGGGUGACCUGCAGGCUCGCGAAGGAAAGGAGCGCCUUACACCUCCUUUGGUAGAGCCACCCAAAUCCGAGACUCCCAGAUCCCUUUGCACUUCAGAUUUUUGUAUUCGAUUCUGAGACUGGUUCUACCUGCAGUGGGUGCUGCAAGCGUGGAAGAAAGUAGGUAAAGGACAGAAAGGUGUGGAAAAAUCACAGCGAUGUUCUGUUUGAAUAGAACACAGAACUGUACAGCAUCAGGAACAGGCACCGCACCCCACAACAUCUCUGCCAGUUUAAACUACAAAUCUGCCUGCACAUGAUCUGCAUCUCUGCGUUGCCUCCCGGUUCGUUCACCUGUCGACAUACCUCUUAAUCACUCUCUUAUCAAAGAAUGGCUCUCUGAAGAGAGGUCGAGCUCAGAAAGAGCAGUCUAUACAGAUUAUAGACGGGGGGGGGGCGGGGGUAAGGUUUGCAGUCUUGGGAUAGAGAAAUGAGCGCAGAGACGGCAGAAGAAAGGGACAACGUCAGAUCAGGGCUCAGAUGGGGUUAGGGCAAUUCGGAGUGAUCAAUGCUGAACUUGACAGUGAAGCCCAGAUAUCCGGCAAUGGGGGGCCUUGUGAGUGGAAGGACAGACAGAUCCCGACGUGCGGCGAAGAUCUGGUGAAACGUUCCCUGAGGACGAGGGUAACAACAUGUAUUGAUCCGGUAUUAGUUGGUCCGUCCGCAGUGAGGGAGCUGCCGGCUCCGCCUCCGCCUCCGCCUCCGCCUCCGCUCCGCUGCCAAUCGCCACCCAGCCGCGGUCCCACCCCCGACCACGCCAUGGCUUCCCCCGGGCGGCUGCUCGAGUGCAUCUUCUGCUUCUACUUCGUCACUCACAUCCCCAUCACCCUGGCCAUCGACCUGCAGGCCCUGUUACCCCGCUGGAUGUUCCCGGCUGCGUUGCAAGACUUAAUAAAGUGGUAUGCAACUCAGUUCAGAGACCCAAUGAUAAUGGAUCCGCCGACAUGGUUCAAUACAUUCAUUCUUUGUGAAGCUUUGCUACAGUUGCCUUUCUUUCCUGUUGCAGCUUACGCUUUCUACAAAGGAAGUUGUCCGUGGAUAAGAACACCAGCCAUUGUGUACUCCACACAUGUGGCUACAACAGUCAUUUCAAUCCUUGGUCAUAUUCUGUUUAACGAUUUCUCAAAAUCAAUGUUUCCAGGACCAAAUACUCUGUCAGAGCGUUUAUCGCUCUUAGCUAUAUAUAGUCCCUAUUUACUAAUCCCGGUUAUGAUUCUGCUAACUAUGCUUUACAGCCAACGGUAUAAUUCCUUCAAUGGAAAGAAGAGGCAAUAACAGUUUCCACUACCAUUCAGAGAAUCAUUUUCCAUUUUCCCAGUGAAAUUUGGGCCAUCACUACUUUAUAAUUUUACUUAAUUACAACACAAAGUCUUCGAGCAAUUUUACAAUAGAAUUAUAUGUUAGAGUGGAUUAGGAUAUUCAUAAAAAGAAACUUCUUUUGUGAGAUAGCACUUUCAGGUAAAGUUAUCAGCCUAAGGGUCACAACAGUAGGCUUGUAAAUAAGGUGCAGAUGUAUGGGAAGUCUAAAAUAAAAGUAGGAAAUCCUAGAGAUGCCCUGCAACCCAGACAACAUCUGUGAAAAGAGAAACAGUUAAUGUUUCAGAGUUCAGAGUAAGUGUAUUAUCAAAGUAUAUAUAUAUAUAUAUAUAUAUAUAUAUAUAUAUGAAAGAACACACCAACAGAGCGGACAACCAAUUUGCAAAAGGCAACGAACAGUGCUAAUAUGAAAAGAAAAAAAAAAUGAAAUAAGAACGUGAUAAAGACUCCUUGAAAAUGAGUCUAUAGGUUGUGGGAACAGUUCAGUGAUGGGGUGAGUGAAGUUAUCCCCUCUAGUUCAAGAGCCUGAUGAUUGAAGGACAAUACCUCUUCCUGAACCUGGUGGUGUGCCUUCUGAGGCUCCUGUAACUUCUCCCUGAUGGCAGCAAUUUGGACUCCCUUCAUCAGAACUGGGAAAGAGAGAAAUCAAAACGGUGAUUCUAAGAUACAAGAAAGAGGGCUGGAAGGGAUGGACAGGACAACAAAAAUAACUGAUAAAGUGAAGUCAGAUCAAAAAGGGGAGGUACAGGCUGAUGAUACUUUUUGCCUGGGUUUCUGUCACUGGUGGGACAGUAAUAUCUGCACGGCAGAUCAUGCUGUAACAACUGAUAGAGAAAAUCAAACUAUUUCUGCUGUAUUUUAUACAUUUGUGAUAUUGACUGAGUUUUUCUUUCUUUACUAAUGUGACCUGAAGAUGUUGGGCAGAUCUACAGCCUCAUAUUCACAACACAUACCACAAGGGCUAAUCACCUAGAUACCCCUUCAACCAUUUGACGGUGUCUACCCCAGAUAUCUCCUUUGUCCGGGCCCUCUUGUCUGUCACAGUCGCAUGGUGAUUACCACAUUGUUUUUACAGUGCCAGCACCAGCACUCACGAAUUGAGGUUCAAUUCCCACUGCCAUCGGUAAGCAGUUUCUACCUUCUCCUUCUGGCCAGGGUCCUUCCACAUUCCAGAGCUGCACAGUUACGGUUAGCAAGCUGUAGGUUUGCUAUGCUGGUGCCGCAAGUGCGGCAACACUUGUGGGCUUACUCCAACAGGAUCUUAGCUGAAUUGAUGCAAACAGUGCAUUUCACUGUAUGUCUUAAUAUACAUGUGUGGUGAACUAUGUGCCUGUCUGGACACUCCCCCUGCUGACUGCUCCUGUGGCUCCUCCCACAGGCCCCUGUAUAAAGGCGAUCUGCGGCCUGACGCUCGGCCUCAGUCUCCAAGACAUUGCAUGAUGGACACUCACUCCUGGUUCCUUCUUCCAGUCAAUAAAAGCCGAUAUCUCGC